UACAAUAACCAACGUCGCCCCGAAUGAGAGCGAGGCAGUGUAAACACAAGUCCGGAACAUGAAAAGAUCGGGUGACAGUGAGGGGGAGAAGAGAAGAAAGAGGCGGAAGCUACUCCAGGAGUUGGGAGACCAGAAGAUCCCCUUUCUGGGACCUUCAGAUCAGGGCUAUCAACAACUGUGGGACUCCAGUUACUCCGGCCUGGUUCUGAGGAGGUCCUUGUCGCUGCCCGCUGAGCUCCAUGGUCGGGUGCAGGCGGCUCUGCUCACUCUGAGGAGGAAGGGCUGCCUCCUGAGAGAUUUGGUCCGCAUCCGGGAACGAGAUGUAUUCACCCUCGUUUCGCGGACUCUGCUGGGUGAGCCGGGCCACACCUAUCGGUAUCUGGACACGCGUCUCUUUGCCAUCCCCUGGCACAGCGAGGACACCGAGGUCAAAGGGCAUAACUGUUGUGACCCAGAUUUUAGGGCUGCUUGCAAGGCAUUGUGUGAGCUUAACACCUUCUUCUGCUCUGAUGUGUCUCUGCUGAAGGAAGGAGACAGGCUUACACAAUGUGCGAAGGGGGAGGCCGAGGCCAAACAGGGUGAAGAGGGCGACACGGGGUCUAAACACAGUGAAGACUCCAAAAAUAGUGACGGCGGGGACUCUGAGACCCGGCACAGUGACGAGGGGGACACAGAGUCCAAGCACAGCGAUGAGUGGGACAUUGAGUCGAAACACAGCGAAGAAAGCUGCUCUGGGUCGAAACAAGAAGGACAGUGGGAGACGGAGUCCAGACACAGCAGUGAGGAGGGAGAGUCCUGCCAGGUCAAACCAAGUGAAUCUGGUGUGGCAGCAGGAUCGGAAGGAAAAUUCCCCGGCUGGACGCCAAAGGCCAUCAGUGGCACGGAGAUUAAACCUGCGGGACGAGGGGCCCAGCAAAGACCUGUGGAACAACUCAAGCACAGCUUGUCAGAUCACCACAUCGAGGACAAGGAGAAAUGCACCGGUCCGGUCAAGUUCAAUGUCACUUUACUCAACUACAUGGACCCAGCAGCUAUGAGCCAGCUCAAAGAGGAGCCGUACUAUGGCAUGGGGAAAAUGGCAGUAGGGUGGCACCACGAUGAGAACCUCAUCAGUCAUUCUCCAGUGGCUGUUUACAGCUACAACUGUCACAAUGACAAAGGUGAGAGCGGUGAGGGAGGCAGCGGCGAGAAGGCUUGCUGGAGGAUUGGGCUCAAGGUAGCCUGGGACAUUCACACACCUGGCCUGACUCUGCCACUGGAGCCCGGAGACUGCUAUUACAUGAGAGAUGACCUGAACAGCACCCACCAGCACUGUGUCCUGGCUGGAGAGAACGCACGCUUCAGCUCCACCCACAGAGUGGCCGAGUGCUCCAGUGGGACCCUGACCUACAUCCAGUCGCGGUGUCAAGAGGCCCUGUCCAACCUGCACACUGACCCAGAGACGGGCUCCCGCAGCCUGCUGGCCCUGCUGCCGACAACGCUGCAGCACUGUGAGGAGAUUCACAAUGAGGUGGAGUUUGAGUGGCUGCGGCAGUACUGGUUUCAGGGCCGGCGCUUCGCCUGCUUCUGCAGCUGGUGGACCGGACCGAUGGAGCAGCUGGAGAAGGACUGGAAGCUCAUGGAGACGAUGACCAUGCUCUUCCUGGAUACAGUGGAGGGGGAGGAGGAAGAGGGUCAGGAAGGAGAGGGAAGGAGAGAGAUGGCAGAAACCUUGCUGUCUACCUUGACAGAGAGGCACCAGCAAAGACAGACAUGGAGAGACAGGUGCCACUCAACUCUGGCGCAGACGUUACCCCCUGAGGAGGCCCCAGUGGACCGGCCCUUCUGGGGUGUGGAUGACCCCAACAUGCCGCUGCCCUUUGAUCUGGCUGACAUCAUCAACAGAGUGGAGUCACUGCUGUGGAGGAUGUGAAGCAUGGAUAGAGGAAGUGAAAAAGAAAGAUGAGGAAAACCCACCAGCUUCUCUGAAUGCCACCCACAUCAGCUGAGAGGACAGACACCUCUGUUGUGAUCCCACCAAGAUUGAUUUUGUUUUGAUUGGUUCAUCUACACCCCCCCACCCCACCCCACUCCCCUCCACUCCACUGACCCCAGCAGCUCAGCCCCCACAGCUUGGAGUUGGCUGGAAGGAAACUCAGAAAAACAUAUAGAACCAGAAUAGCUUCAGUAACAUGCCAACAACGCAAGCUUAACGACAAGCUCCUAGUGUCACGACGAUCUAACAAAGCAUAAGUGGAACCUGCGUUUCAGUGUUAGCAUACAUACGUAACUAUUGAUUAUUUCAGUGCAUUCUGUUACUUAAUCAUGUAACCCACACAUGCUUUUAUCAAUAGAUUAACUCACUAUAUUCACAGUCCAGUACAUGCAUACAUGCUUUCUAAUUGUCACAGUGUUAUUAUACGGCAUAGAAUAGUAAAAAACGAAUAAUAAAAACUCACUUUGCUCACAUAGUA